AUGUCUGAAAGGGCACGAAACGGCUCUGUGGACCGCGCCGUUGGAGCGCCUGAACGAGCUGUUGCGAUUGCUGUUGACGGGGAUGACAGCAGUGUCGACGAGCAUGUUCACUACUCUCAUCGCGCACCGUGGCUCAGAGCGUUUGUGUUGGGCGCAAACGAUGGCCUGGUGAGCGUUGCGGCUCUGAUGCUUGGUGUCGGAGGUGGAAGCGCUGAGCUGGCAACGAUGCGGUUGGCAGGUGCGCGCGACACGGAGGAGGCGGAUGUGGAGAAGGAGCGGCAGCAGCAGCUCAAGGGUCCUGCAGCUCGGGCCAGAGAGCUCGAGGAGUUGACGGAGAUCUACGUGAAGAGAGGUCUGAGUCGCGGUCUGGCUCGCGAAGUGGCGACAGAGCUGACGGAAAAGGACGUCAUCCGGGCCCACGCACGUGACGAGUUAGGAAUCGAUCUGGACGCGAUGGCGAACCCGCUUCAGGCCGCUGUGGUGUCGUCCAUCGCCUUCACAGCAGGUGCCAUGAUCCCCUUGCUAGCGGGCUCCUUCGCCACGCACCGCGUCACCCGGCUGGUGCUGGUUUCGGUGCUAUCCGUUGCGGGGCUGGCGAUCUUCGGGCUCACGGGUUCCUUGCUGGGCGGCGCCAAGCCGCUGGUGGGAGCGCUGAGGGUGGUGAUUGGCGGCUGCUUAGCCAUGGGUGUGACAUUCGGUAUCGGCAGGGUGCUGGGCGGCGGUGCGGCCAUGGCGCACAUAAUGCAGCAAAACAUAGCCAGGGAAGGCAUGAGAGAGAGGUCUGGAGUGCGACUGGAGGCAAUGAUGGCGGCCCCCCGAGGGCCCCUUGCUUUGGAAGAGUGA